CACAACCCGGCACUGGGUGUUUUAGAAAGUGUGUCAGGGAGCGACAGAACGGAGAGAGGAGGGUCGUGACAUUCACACAGGUUUAUGUGUUUAAUGUAAAAAGGAGGAAGGAAUAAGUCAUCUUUGGGAGAUAAACGUUACUCAGUGUGGAAAGAAGACGAUUAAAAACAAUCUCAGUCAGAGUUUCACCCUGUCGGAGCAAGAAUGACAUCACAUGUGAAGCUGAGAAAAGAGAGAGUUGGAGCUGUGGACUAUGACAUACAAAUCAAAGAGGUGCGUUGUCAGUUGGUGGACCAGUUGAAGGUUUUGGAUCUGCAGCUGGAGCAGAAAUCUCAGCAGCUUCAGGAUCUGACAGACUACCUGCGUAGACGCAGUGAGAUAGAAGGAGAGUACGCACGCUCGCUGGACAAAUUGGCAGAGAGGUUUACCUCCAAAAUCAAAAGGAAGGAGCCUGGUAGUGGUCAGUCUGUGGCCCAGUGUUGGCUGGUCCUGCUGGCUCAGACCAGACAGGAGAGCAAAGACCACAGUGGUGUGAGUGACAGCUGUAGCACCACCCUCACCCAGCCCCUCACACACUGUCUGGAGAUCACACAGCGCCUGGCCAAGAGGACUAAAGAUGUCUGUAGCCAGUUACAGGAUGGGCUGUUGAAGGUCAACACAGAGCUACAGACAGCGUGGCGGACCUACUACCAGUACCACUCAGAGUAUGAGUCUGCAGAGGGAAAGCUGAAGGAAGCAGAGAAACAGAAGCAAGGAGCUUCUAAAAAGAUUGAGAAAAGACAGUGUAAAGUGCAGGAGAUCCAGCUGAAGUGCACUAAGGCUCGUAAUGACUACCUUCUCAAUCUGGCUGCAGCCAACGCUUCCAUGAACAAGUACUAUCUCCAAGACCUCUCCUCACUCAUGGACUGUUCAGACAUUGGCUACCACCUUUCUCUAUCCCGUGUGCUACGCUCCUACCUGUCCAGCCACUUCCGGGCCCAGCAGAACCUGAGUGGAGGGCUGCAGCAGCUCCACACUGCUGUGUCUGGACUGGACCAGAUUCAGGACAGAGACAACCUGCUACAGACUCACACCAACACCUUCUGUCUACCCCUCCGCUUCCACUACCAGCCACACGAGGGUGACCAGGUGUGUGAGGUGAGUGCAGAACAGGAGAUUAGGUGUGAGAUGGAGACCAGGUUCCAACAGCUGCAGUCAAAGCUCACCGGGUUCACUCAGGAAACAGAGGAGGCAGGUAAGAAGCUCCAGGCGGCCCGCUCGGCCCUGCUAGAAGCUAUCAGUGAUGAUGACCUGGAUCCUCCACCCUCCAGCAACCAGACCCAGGGCUCCCAGGUCCAUCUCCAGAUCCCAUCUCAGAGCCAAGGUCAGGGGGGAAGCAGUGAGAGCCUGGCCAGCAGCAGUAGCAGACCCAGUCUGGCCAGACGGAGAGCCAACCUGCAGGAGACUGAGGCACUCUACUGUGCUAAUGUGAAGGAGUAUCUCUGUAAAAGCUCUCUGGUAUCUAAACUACAGGCGAAACAUGAUCUGCUUAAAGUGGCGGUUGAGAAAGCUGAACCAACCAAUGGUCAUCAGACCAGGAAGUUACUGCGUGUGAGGAGUCAACCCAGCGUCCAGUACACCCACAAACUCUUCACAGGAGACAUGCUCUCCUUCAUACAGGCAUCAGGACAGGAGAUACCUGUAGUGGUGGAAAGCUGCAUUCGCUUCAUCAACCUUAACGGUCUCCACCAUGAGGGUAUCUUCAGAGUACCAGGGUCUCAGGGGAAGGUCAACAGUCUGAGAGAUGCCUUUGAGCGAGGAGAGGACCCUGUGGCAGACAACAGGUGUGACUUGGACUCGGUAGCAGGAGUACUGAAACUCUACUUUAGAACCCUGGAGAACCCUCUCUUUCCUCAGGACAGCACCACUCAGCUCCUGGAGUACGCACAGAUUGACAACGAGACGGAGAGAGCAGCUAAACUCAAAUCAGUCAUCUCCUCCUAUCCACCACCUGUCAGCACCGUCAUGAGAUACCUCUUUGCAUUCCUCCAUCAUGUGUCUCAGUACAGCGAUGAGAACAUGAUGCAGCCCUAUAACCUGGCUGUGUGCUUCGGCCCCAGUCUGCUACGAGGGGCGCAGGAUGAUGAUGUCGUUACCUUGCAGCCUCAGAUCAACUCCCUGGUGAAGAGCAUCAUCUUGCAGCACGAGAGCAUCUUCCCCAGCCUGGCCGAGCUACAGGGACCAGUGUAUGAGAAAUGCAUGACGCUGCAGCAAGACGACUGUGAGGAGGGAGAAGGGGAUUCAGAACACCACAGUAAAGAAGAGUCUGAGUCAAAGGGGGAGCGAUCUCGAGCCAACAGCAGCUGCAGUUCAAGACAGUCCCCAGUAGGGGGCACUGGGACACCUGGAGGAAAGAUUACCUCACAGUUCCCCAUAACCCCACAGGGAUGGCCCCUCUCCCCUGGAUACAUAAGCAAAGAAGCCCAGGACCAGUCGUCCAGUGAAGACAUAACAGUUCAGGUUGACGAGGAGGUCUGCCGCCAGAUGAACUCUGUCUUCAAGGAGCUUCUCUCUCGACAAUCCCUCCCUCCCUACUCCUCCACCUCCUCGGUCACCUCAUCCCCCUCUUCCCACCCUCCGCCACAGCAGAAGAAAGGAGGGAUUGGAUGGAGAAGGGAAAAGCCUGUUUAGAUCAGGCCAAUUGGACUGACAGAAAGUGAGAGGGGACCAGGAUAGAUGGAUGGAUGAAUGAAUAUAUUAUUGCGGAAAUGAACGGGGCAGAGACGAGACUCGGACGAGAAGACACACAGAGGGGGGGGGCGAAGAAGAGCGACUCAGAAGACACACAGAGGGGGGCGAUGGAGAGUGACUCGGGCUGAUUGAAUGAUUGUAGGUGUGGGAUGACAGGUUGUGACAGCAGCCUUAGUGUGAUUUACAGAUGGCUGGAUUAAAUGAACCACAGUCAGUUCACUGUACUGUACGUGUCUGCUGAGCUGCUCAGACAGCAGCCUCCAUUGUGGAGAAUAGACAGUCAGACAGACAACGUUUGAAUUGUACUGUGAAGCCUUUUGUUAGUGUGUUUGAUACAACACAACCCUAACCCCCACUCUGAUUUUUCACUCGACGGCUGUAUCUCUAUUCUCCACAUGCCCACCCAUGAAUUUAAAAGCAUUGGAUUGUUGGACGCAUUAGCUGGUGUGUGUACAAGGGCACACUAGGACACAUGUUGAGAAUCAGGACCCAGGACACUGUUAACUAAUCAACAGCAUGAGUAGAUUUAUCAUAAGGUAUUUUACCCACAAUAACUUGGAAUGUGCACUGCUGUAUCCUCAUGCAUGUGGAUGGAUAAACCAUACUACUGUUAUUUUUAUAGAAUCAGUGAUAUACAUCAAGUACUUGCCAAAAAUGUGUGCGAGGAUAAACUAUAUGCUCCAAGAAAGUGCUUUCCAUAAAUGUUGAACUUUCAAAAA